AUGCGCAUCCCUCAUUCUUCCAUUCAUUAUUCUUCGAAUAAACUCCCCCGCGAACUGACAUAUUUCGGUGAUCAAUUUUCUAGCGUCUGGAAGACCGGUUACACGAUUCUUAGCACGGAGAAUAAAUUAAGUGAUAUGGGAAGUAAAGAUUUAAAUGGAACUUUGGUUGUGGAUACCACGAGUGAGUAUCCGUAUGGAAGUUUAUUGCGGUUGGUUAAUGGGGAGUUUUUGGGUAAUGAUAAUCAAGCGCGGUUUUGCGCUCAAUGUCAAAGUCAAAGUCAAACGAAAAAUACGUAUACAUAUACGUCUUCCAGCGAUUCGGAGGGACAAACGGGAUCACAAGCAGGAUCACAAUCACAAACGCAGGGAGAUGCAUUUGAAGAGGGAUCAGCAGUUCGUGUGUAUAUUAAUGGGACGCAGAAUUUACCGGUGGGCUGUGUGGAGGUGCGGCUUGUGGUUGAGUGGGUGGAUAGUGAGGAGCUGGGGGAGACGUUGGGGUAUUCUUAG